GGGCCCGCGCCGAGCUGCUUGUGGCUGCGGCUGUCGGCCUCGGGCGUCCCUGGGUCCCGGGACCUGGCAUCGGGUCGCCCAGCCAUGGAGCGGGGCAGCCACUGCCGCCGCCUCCUCCUGCUCCUCCCGCUGGCGCUGGGGCUGAGCGGCGCCCCGGGCCGGGCAGGUGCGCCCCCUGUGGACCUGCUCCGGGCCCUGCGGUUCCCCUCCCUCCCUGAUGGAGUCCGGAGGGCGAGAGGCGUCUGUCCAGCUGAUGUGGCCUACCGAGUGUCUCGGCCUGCCCAGCUCAGCGCACCUACCCGCCAGCUCUUCCCGGGAGGCUUUCCCAAAGACUUCUCUCUGCUGACUGUUGUCCGGACCCGGCCUGGCCUCCAGGUGCCCCUCCUGACUCUCUACAGUGACCAGGGUGUCCAGCAGCUGGGCCUGGAGCUUGGCCGACCAGUCCGCUUCCUGUAUGAGGACCAGACCGGACGGCCCCAGCCCCCGGCUCAGCCGGUCUUCUGGGGCCUCAGCCUUGCGGACGGCAAGUGGCACCGGGUGGCCGUGGCUGUGAAGGGGCAAUCUGUCACCCUCAUCGUUGACUGCAAGAAGCGAGUCACCCGGCCCCUUCCCCGAAGCGCUCGCCCGGUGUUGGACACCCGAGGGGUGGUCAUCUUCGGGGCCCGUGUCCUCGAUGAAGAAGUCUUUGAGGGCGAUGUGCAGAAGCUUGUCGUUGUUCCUGGAGUCCAAGCUGCCUAUGAGUCCUGUGAACAGAAGGAUCUGGAAUGUGAGGGCAGCCAGCGGGAGAGACCUCGGAACAAACAGUCGCACAGAGCCCAGAGAUCGCCAAAGCAGCCACCGUCAAGGCUUCACAGACCGCAAAACCAGGAACCCCAGCGACAGCCCCCCGAGCCUCUCCACCUCGACUACGAGCCUCCCUACGACGCCGAGAAGACCAGGGGCACCGCCCCUGACGGUCAGCGGCCUCAGAGCCCCAACCGCAGGGCUCCCCCUUCCCCUAGGGGGCGUCGGACCCCUCCCCGAAAGCCUAACCCACCUGCCAAGAGGUCCGCGGCCCGGCAGGCGCCCCCCUCAGCGGGCCGGAAGCCCCCUGGAGCUGGAGGCUCUGGGUCAGCACAGAGCCAGCCUCCCCCCUCCAGACCAGCCCGGCAGGCAGCUCCCCCCACUGCCCGGGCCCCCCCCAGGACCAGAGGCAGCGGCUACCGGCAGUACCCCACCCCUGGUGAAGAGGAAGGAGCCCCGGAGUCAAGCCCCUUGCCGCUCCCGGAGGAGGAGCGGACAGAUCUCCAGGUCCCCCCAACAGCCGAAGGGUUCCUGGCAGAGGAACAUGGGGAGGGUGGCACAAACGCCCCAGCAGGGCUCUACGACUACACCUAUGGCUAUGGGGAUGACUAUCGUGAGGAGACGGAGCUUGGCCCUGCCCUCUCUGCGGAGACUGCCCACUCGGGAGCCGUUGCCCGUGGACCCCGGGGGCUGAAGGGAGAGAAGGGAGAGCCUGCCGUGCUGGAACCUGGCAUGCUCGUGGAGGGACCCCCUGGCCCAGAAGGCCCUGCGGGAUUGACUGGUCCCCCUGGUAUCCAGGGGAACCCAGGCCCAGUUGGAGACCCUGGAGAGAGGGGACCCCCUGGCCGAGCAGGGCUCCCUGGAUCUGAUGGUGCCCCUGGCCCUCCUGGCACCUCCCUCAUGCUCCCAUUCCGGUUUGGCAGCAGUGGGGGUGACAAGGGCCCUGUGCUGGCGGCCCAGGAGGCACAGGCCCAGGCAAUCCUGCAGCAGGCACGGCUGGCGCUCCGUGGACCCCCUGGCCCGAUGGGAUACACAGGCCGCCCUGGGCCCUUGGGACAGCCCGGGAGCCCUGGCUUGAAAGGAGAGCUGGGAGACCUAGGGCCCCAGGGCCCCAGAGGACCUCAGGGACUCUCAGGGCCCCCCGGCAAGGCUGGACGGAGGGGCCGAGCGGGUGCUGACGGAGCCCGAGGGAUGCCGGGAGAACCUGGGGUGAAGGGUGAUCGAGGUUUUGACGGCCUCCCAGGGCUACCUGGGGAGAAGGGGCACAGGGGUGACACUGGCGCCCAGGGCCUUCCUGGGCCCCCUGGAGAGGAUGGAGAGCAGGGAGAUGAUGGGGAGACCGGGCCCCGGGGGCUGCCUGGAGAGUCGGGACCUCGAGGGCUCCUUGGUCCCAAAGGCCCCCCUGGAAUUCCUGGGUCCCCGGGAGUCCGAGGCUUGGACGGGCCACACGGGCCCAAAGGCAGCUUGGGACCCCAGGGAGAGCCAGGACCUCCCGGACAGCAGGGCACCCCUGGGACCCAGGGUCUCCCUGGGCCUCAGGGUGCCGUUGGCCCUCGUGGUGAGAAGGGGCCUCAAGGGAAGGCAGGGCUCCCCGGCAUGCCUGGCUCAGACGGACUCCCGGGUCAUCCCGGGAAGGAAGGUCCUCCUGGAACCAAAGGAAACCAGGGCCCGUCUGGACCUCAGGGUCCUUUAGGAUACCCCGGACCUCGAGGUGUCAAGGGUGUGGAUGGAAUUCGGGGUCUGAAGGGUCACAAAGGUGAAAAGGGCGAGGAUGGUUUUUCCGGGUUCAAAGGUGACGUGGGCGUGAAAGGUGACAGGGGUGAGGUCGGAGUUCCUGGCUCCCGGGGAGAAGAUGGCCCCGAGGGGCCGAAGGGACGCACGGGACCCACUGGAGACCCUGGGCCCCCUGGACUCAUGGGCGAGAAGGGCAAGCUGGGUGUCCCUGGCCUGCCUGGCUACCCUGGACGCCAGGGUCCCAAGGGCUCCCUGGGGUUUCCUGGCUUCCCUGGAGCCAGUGGAGAGAAGGGAGCCCGGGGCCUGUCAGGGAAAGCAGGACCUCGCGGGGAACGAGGGCCCACGGGCCCGCGGGGCCAGCGGGGACCCCGAGGAGCCACUGGCAAGUCUGGAGCUAAGGGAACCUCAGGAGGUGAUGGCCCCCACGGGCCCCCCGGAGAGAGGGGCCUCCCUGGACCUCAGGGCCCCAGUGGCUUCCCUGGCCCCAAAGGCCCCCCGGGCCCCCCGGGGAAGGAUGGGCUGCCCGGGCACCCAGGCCAGAGAGGAGAAGUGGGCUUCCAAGGGAAGACAGGCCCUCCUGGGCCCCCUGGAGUGGUGGGACCCCAGGGAGCAGCAGGGGAGAGUGGUCCCAUGGGGGAGAGAGGUCACCCAGGGCCCCCGGGACCUCCCGGAGAGCAGGGCCUGCCUGGCCCGGCUGGAAAAGAAGGCACAAAGGGUGACCCUGGUCCCCCCGGGGCUCCGGGGAAAGAUGGCCCUGCUGGUCUGAGGGGCUUCCCAGGGGAGAGAGGCCUCCCGGGCACUGCUGGUGGGGCUGGUUUGAAGGGGAAUGAAGGUCCAGCUGGCCCUCCCGGCCCCGCAGGCUCCCCCGGGGAGCGAGGUGGAGCAGGAUCAGGGGGGCCCAUCGGUCCCCCAGGGCGCCCAGGCCCCCAGGGUCCCCCAGGAGCAGCGGGUGAGAAAGGCGUCCCGGGGGAGAAGGGCCCUGUUGGUCCCACCGGCCGCGAUGGGGUGCAGGGUCCUGUGGGACUUCCUGGCCCUGCUGGACCCCCUGGUGUGGCGGGAGACGAUGGUGACAAGGGUGAGGUGGGAGACCCCGGACAGAAGGGCUCCAAGGGGAACAAGGGUGAACACGGCCCUCCUGGCCCUCCUGGCCCCAUCGGUCCUGUGGGGCAGCCCGGAGCCGCGGGAGCUGAUGGGGAGCCUGGAGCUAGGGGGCCCCAGGGACACUUUGGAGCCAAAGGUGAUGAAGGGACAAGAGGAUUCAACGGACCCCCAGGACCCAUUGGCCUACAGGGCUUGCCAGGCCCCUCUGGGGAGAAAGGAGAAACAGGAGAUGUGGGGCCUAUGGGACCCCCCGGCCCCCCAGGACCUCGAGGCCCAGCUGGACCCAACGGUGCUGAUGGACCCCAAGGCCCCCCCGGAGGUGUUGGCAACCUCGGUCCCCCUGGAGAGAAGGGGGAGCCAGGAGAAGCAGGAUCCCCAGGGGUCCAGGGUGAGCCAGGCGUCAAGGGUCUUCGAGGGGAGCGUGGGGAGAAAGGAGAGACAGGGCAGGCGGGAGAGGCUGGGCCACCCGGCCCCAAAGGGCCCGCAGGCGGCGAUGGCCCCAAGGGCAGCCCUGGUCCCGUGGGUUUCCCUGGCGACCCCGGCCCCCCUGGAGAAGUCGGCCCUCGGGGCCAGGAUGGUGCCAAGGGUGACCGAGGAGAGGACGGCGAGCCAGGCCAGCCCGGCUCCCCUGGUCCCACUGGGGAGAAUGGGCCACCUGGACCCCUUGGGAAGCGAGGUCCUGCCGGCACGCCUGGUCCGGAGGGGCGACAGGGAGAGAAGGGAGCCAAGGGGGAUCCUGGUGCAGUGGGUGCCCCGGGGAAGACAGGCCCUGUGGGUCCUGCUGGUCCGGCAGGAAAACCCGGCCCUGAUGGGCUACGAGGGCUCCCGGGCUCGGUGGGUCAGCAGGGCCGUCCUGGAGCCACAGGCCAGGCUGGGCCCCCGGGUCCUGUGGGACCCCCAGGGCUUCCUGGCCUCCGGGGUGAUGCUGGAGCCAAGGGGGAGAAGGGCCACCCAGGUCUCAUUGGACUGAUUGGCCCCCCUGGAGAGCAAGGGGAGAAGGGUGACCGGGGACUGCCCGGCCCUCAGGGCUCCCCUGGACAGAAGGGAGAGACGGGUGUCACAGGAGCGUCCGGCCCCGUCGGUCCCGGAGGGCCUCCCGGCCUCCCCGGACCUGCUGGCCCCAAAGGAGCCAAAGGAGCCACAGGCCCAGCCGGACCCAAGGGAGAGAAGGGCGCGCAGGGCCCCCCAGGACACCCGGGCCCUCCGGGCGAGGUGAUCCAGCCACUGCCCAUCCAGAUGCCCAAGAAGGUGCGCCGCUCAGUGGACGGCAGCCGCCUGAUGCAGGAGGACGAGGCCCUGCCGAGCGGGGGCGCCCCGGGCAGUCCCGGGGGGCUGGAGGAGAUCUUCGGCUCGCUGGACUCCCUGCGGGAGGAGAUCGAGCAGAUGAGGCGGCCGACAGGGACCCAGGCCAGCCCGGCGCGCACCUGCCAGGACCUGAAGCUGUGUCGCCCGGAGCUGCCUGAUGGAGAGUACUGGGUGGACCCCAAUCAGGGCUGUCCCCGGGAUGCCUUCCGGGUCUUCUGCAACUUUACCGCGGGCGGGGAGACGUGUGUGACACCCAGGGAUGAUGUCACCCAGUUCUCCUACGUGGACUCAGAGGGCUCCCCGGUAGGUGUGGUCCAGCUCACCUUCCUGCGCCUGCUCAGUGUCUCGGCCCACCAGGACGUCUCCUACCCCUGCUCUAAAGCGCCCCUCGACAGCCCCCUGAGACUCCGGGGGGCCAAUGAGGAUGAGCUGAGCCCCGGGACCAGCCCCUAUGUCAAGGAAUUCAGAGACGGCUGUCAGACACAGCAUGGCCGCAGGGUGCUGGAGGUCCGCACCCCGGUGCUGGAGCAGCUGCCGGUGCUGGAUGCCUCCUUCUCAGACCUGGGGGCCCCCCCGAGGCGGGGAGGGGUGCUGCUGGGCCCAGUCUGCUUCAUGGGCUAGGACCUUCUCUGUCUGACCUGUCCGUCACCGCAGGCCCACCCGGCGUCGCGCAGCUUCGGCUCCACACCACCUCCCGCCGGGGCUCCUCACCACCUGGGCCGUGGGCCAGUCGGGGCCAUCAGGGGAGGAUGCCUCUGGGUGCUGGGGACACCCCUGGGGAGGGGUGGCAUGGGGGCUCCUGGCCCUCCCACUGGAGCCUGUGCCCCGUUAGAGAGCUGAGAGCCUUAUUUGAAACUCGCCUGCCAAUCACCCAAACAAGUGGAAGAGAAGAGAAAGGACACUGUGUAUUUUGUAUUUAAAAGUAAUUAUAUUAAUUAUUUAAAGAGUGGAAAACAAUAUAACAGAAAGGAUAAAGAGAGACACGCCAACAGAAGUCGGCACAUGCUGGAAUCAUGCUCUCCGAGGGUGGGCCUGCACCCGUCUCUGCCUCAGGGCCUUCCUCUGACUGUGGGUGUCCGGAUGAACCCCACCUCCCUCACCCCCAGUAGCACCCACUGUGAACCCUGGGACAGACGUCUCCUCAGGGCUCUGACUCCCCAGCUUGGGGCUCCCUCAUCCCAGCCUGCCAGGGCUUGGCUCCCCGACCCGGUACCUGCUGUCCUGGCACUGCCUGGGUCUGGCAGGACCUGGCUGCUCCUGGACCCAGCCGCGCCCUCCGAGAAGGCCUGGAGUAGGAGGCGCCUGUACUCAGCGGGUUCUUGAAAUGCUGAGGUUCUUCCGUACGGGCUGGGGCAUCGCGGGCCUGAGCUCCUUGGGGGUCUCAUUGUCAUCCUGGUCACCCCAGGCCCUCCUCUGGACCCCGUCCUUCCCUGGUCCUACAAUUAAAGGGUGACGUGUGCCUGAAGGGUGGAAGGGGACACCAGGAGCCUGCCUGGCCCCACGCCCAGUGUCCCGCGGA